AGGCAACGCCGCAGCGGGCGGGGGAGCGGCCUGGUCGGACCCGAAGCGGAGCAGGUCUUUCUUCAGUGAGACUCAGCAGUAACCUUUAAUGAUGGGAGACGUCCUCGCUUAUGAAGCCGAGUUACUUGGACUGGUGAAAGAGUAUUUAGACUUUGCAGAGUUUGAAGACACAGUGAAAACGUUUACAAAGGAAUGUAAAAUAAAAGGGAAGCCAUUACCUAAAACAGCAGGUGGUUCCUUGAGAGAUUCAAAAGCUUUGAUUAUCCAGAAGGAUCUGCUUACAGCAUUUGAAGAUGGAGAUCAGAAAGUUUUCUUUGAACUUUGGGAGGAGCAUAUUUCCUCUUCACUCCGAGACAAUGAACCUCUUGCCCAGAAGCUGGAGUUUUAUCUUCACAUCCACUUCGCCAUCUACCUCUUGAAGCACUCUGUGGGCAAGCCUGACAAAGCUGACUUUAAUGAAAGGAUUUCUCACUUUAAAACAUACCUGGAGACUAAAGGGGCUGCACUGAGCCAGACCACAGAAUUCCUCCCCUUCUAUGCUUUGCCUUUUGUUCCCAACCCCAUGGUCCACCCAUCCUUUAAAGAACUUUUUCAGGAUUCUUGGAUGCUGGAGUUAAAGACAAGGUUGGAAAAGUUCCUGUCUCUGUCUCUCAAAGCCAGUCAUGCCCCAAGGCUUCUCACUUUAUACAAGGAGAAUGGACAAUGCAGCAAAGAAAUGUUGCAGCAGCUUCAUCAGCAGCUCGUGGAGGCUGAGCGCAGGAGCAUGACCUACCUGAAACGGUUUAAUAAAAUCCAGGUAGACUAUCACAAUCUCAUCGGGGUCACUGCUGAGCUGGUGGAUUCCCUCGAGGCCACAGUCAAUGGGAAGAUGAUCACGCCAGAAUAUCUUCAAAGUGUCUGUGUUCGUUUGUUUAGCAAUCAGAUGAGACAAAGUAUAGCACAUAGUAUUGACUUCACAAGGCCUGGAACUGGAUAUUACUCUCUCAGCCCUUGUGAUGACGGAUAUGCAUCAACAAUGUUAAGAGCAUCUUUAGCCCCUGUGAAAAUGCAGGAAGUGCCAUUGUUACCUUCUUUGGAUUAUGAGAAGCUGAAGAAAGAUCUGAUCAGCGGGAGCGAUCGUCUUAAAGCUUUCUUACUGCAGGCUCUGCGCUGGCGCUUGACGACGUCUCAUCCCGGUGAGCAGAGAGACACCGUCCUGCAGGGUUAUAUCAGCAAUGACCUACUGGAUAUCCACAACAGUAGCCAGCGAAAUGUGCUAAAAUUGCUACAUUCCAAGAGUGAGGUGGUCCGACAGUACGUGGCGAGACUUAUCAAUGCUUUUGCUUCGCUGGCAGAAGGUCGGCUCUACCUUUCCCAGAACCCAAAGUUGCUGCGAGUGCUGGAGGAAAGGCUGAAAGCUGAAGACAAGGAUUCCCUUACACGGGAGAAUGUUCUGGGGGCUUUGCAGAAAUUCAGCCUCAGACGUGCCUUGCAGACGGCUAUGAUCAAUGACGGGCUCAUUUUCUGGCUGGUUGAUGUUCUAAAGGAUACGGAUUGCCUGUCAGAUUACACGCUGGAAUAUUCUGUCGCCUUGCUCAUGAAUCUUUGUCUCAGGAGUUCAGGGAAGAAAAUGUGUGCGAAAGUUGCAAACCACGUGCUCAAAGUUCUCUCUGAUCUCCUUGGCCAUGAGAACCAUGAGAUACAGCCAUAUGUGAAUGGAGCGCUGUACAGCAUUCUUGCUAUCCCUUCCAUACGAGAAGAAGCCAGAGCAAUGGGAAUGGAAGAAAUUCUGCGGUGCUUCAUCAAGGAAGGAAACGCCGAGAUGAUCCGGCAAAUUGAAUUCAUUAUCAAGCAGCUCAAUUCAGAAGAGCCAUUGGAUGAUAGUGUUGAGUCUGAUGAUGAAGAGGAGGAUGAAGAUGAUGAAGAGGACCAUGAUACAAUGGAGGCUGAUCUGGACAAAGAUGAGGUGUUACAACCUCAGCUGGGAGAGCUAUCAGGAGAGAAGCUGCUGACAACAGAGUAUUUGGGAAUAAUGACCCAUACACCAAAAGUGAAGAAGAAGCUGUUUCCUGGUGUCCAUCAGAGCAUAAAUGAGCCUCUCCAGAGACCAGUCACCCCGGGCUAUCACAGAGCUGCAUACCCAACGCCAGAAAAUGAUGCCAUUUCUUCCCAUGGCAGGGACGGCAAAUUCCAGUCUAUGCAUAACUGUCGUCCUCCCACUCGUAGUGGUAGCAGGUCCAGCACUUCCGACUUUUGUAUUUCCUCUGCAGCAAUUGAAACAGACUCAUCUAAGGUAUUCUCAGCGGGUCUCAGAACGGAUCAACACGUCCCAGCAGUUACUGAAGUCCUGUCUGCCCGAUCCACUGAUUUUGUCCAGGACAAAGUUAAUGGGCAAUCAUACAGCAGCGAGUUUUCCUCUGCCUUCACCGGUAAACGUAGGGUCCCGCGCACUCCCGAAGUGCAGAGUCCCAGUCCUCGAAAGGGAAAGAUCCCAACCAUUGCACCACAGUUCUCACAGUCUGGACCCCAGCAAACAAGCCGGCCCAGCUCUUUGGGAUCAUCUACAAGAAGCAGGCAGAGCAGCCAGUCCUCCAGGAAGUGA